AUGUCUGUAGGGGAUUUUUUUGGAAAUAUCGUUAUUGAUGGUGAAUCUGCCUCUUUUGUCCCUAAUGAUGAUUCUUAUCCCAGACUUAUUUGGAAUUUGGAGCGUCAAUGUUUCGUGUUGCCGAGUAAUGUGGCUGCGGAUGAUGCCGUUUCUCAUGUUAGCAAAGAUUCUGAAAAGGCGGUUUGUGAUGUGGUUGAUGAUGGAGUUAUGUCCGAUGCUUCCUCCUCUGGAUUUGAAGAGUUUACACCGGUCCGUUGUAUUCCCUGUUAUGCUUUAUUUGGUGUUCUUCGCAUUGGCUCUGCGUCGAUACUUUUGUAUGUUUCUGAACGGGAACGUAUUACCACAUUAACUAUUGGGGAGACCCACGACGUGUUUGCGGUAAAGCAGCUGUCGUGGCUUCGACUACCGGAAACAGCGUCUGACCUGUCCGUGAAUAAGAGUGGGGACGGUGGUGAUGGUGGUUCAGGCGAGAAAGAUGAAGCAAGCGCUUCGCAGGGUUCUUCACAAAGCCAUGCCAGGGAAGAAAUGGUUUUAGAGUAUUGUAGGGUUGUCGAUAGCUUUUGUGCGCAGUCGGAGCAACAUUGCGGUGCUUCUUAUUUUUACUAUUCACCGACUGCGAACUUAACCCUGGAACCUGGUGAUGUUGUGAAGGGUAUGAAGGAGGUACUCACGCCGUCGUUGAAUGGCAGCAGCGUGAAGGGUGGUGGCGCCUUUUCUUUAGCGAUUUCUUCCGAGGGACAAAUAUCGCAGCGGGUGGUUUUCCAGUGGAAUUCGCCUCUGCUUGGUGCGUUUGAUGAGGUUGUAGCUUCGCUGAAUUGUGAUUACCACGUGUACGUUCCUGCGUUUAUUAGGGGUAUUGUGGAGGCGACUACUUCCCCCGAGGAGGGUGUUCAGAUGUUGCUCAUCAAUCGCCUUAGUUACCGGUGGGCGGGUACGCGAUACAAUCGGCGUGGGCUUGACAAUGCUGGUAGUGGGAUUGCAGCGAACUUUUCUGCAUCAACGCUUUGGGUCUUUCCUUUAGCGUCGGGAAACGAGGGGGAUAAGGCCGCUAAUGAAAAGCAGCGCGUGGCAGCCUUUACCAUUCUUCGUGGUUCUGUGCCUCGUUGCUGGAGUCAGCCAGCGAAUUUAACAUUCAUCCCCACGAUUACCAUAUCUUCGCCAUCGUCAGGGGUUGAUGAACUGGUCUUGCAUUUAAAUGCCCUUUUGGCUUUAUUCGAUGGGAUGACAUCUAUCCAUUGUCUUGACACCACGUCGCUUAGCAAAGCCGAGUUGCCAAUUUCAAAGGCGUUCGAAGCAGCGGCAUUAAAACUUCGUGAAGGGAAUGGCGCUCUCUCAAGGCCCGUUGACGUUUAUUAUACAAAAUACAACGUAAAGGAACGGAGGGCUAAAAAUGCGCCUUACAACUUAAUGCGAAUGGAAGUUGAUACUCUGCUAAAUAGGAAAAACGAAGGUGGAUCGCAGUUCGUAGAUUUUUGGAAGUUUAGCAAUGAAGGACAUCCGUCUCCAUCGAGUGGGUCAUCGCCUCCAUCUGUUCCCAGCACCGCUGAUGCUGACGGGGCGACUUGCGAGUUGGUUCUUGUCCACCAGCAGAAACAUUACGUUCGGGUGAACUGUUUGGAUUGCUUGGAUCGGACAAACCUUGUUCAGUCCAUGAUUGCUAUUAACAUUCUUCCUCAGAUGAUUAGGUAUGUACUUGGGCAUGGGGAAGAAAUGAACCUCAGUGACGAUGAGGAUGAGUAUGAAGAUGAGGAUGAUGGAAGUGACGGAGCGCGAGGGAAUGGUGAGUUUCAUUGCAGCGUAGAGAGAUGUAAGCAUAUGUGGGUUGAACUGGGAAUUUCACUUUCCAGGUUGUACGCUGGAAGCGACCCCCAUUUUGUGGACUUUCUACUAACUGGGGAAUGGGGACCGGCCACGUUUGAUGUGGUGCGAAUCGCACUGCGCCGCUGGUGGCAACAAAAUUUCUUUGAUGGACAGAAACAGGAUGCCGUUUCUCUACUCACGUGUCAGCAUGAUCCUGCUCUUUUCCACACUCAAUUUGAGAGUCCAUUUUCCCGUAACUUUUCAGGGCUCAACAGAAUGGUACUUGGUGGUAUGGCAGCUGCAGUGCUAGCGACCCUUGUGAGUUUCUCGAUGCUGUUUGUGCCACGGUAUUGGAUGCGUGGUGAGAUUUUGUUCUUUGUGAUUUUUUGGAUGUCGUAUAUUGCUUUAACAAUUUCUAGAAUCCUGAAGGAUGGUGUCAGUUACACAAACUACCCUUUGCUGAAAUGA